AUGUCUGCCCGUCUGACACGAACCGCGCUCUCCGCUGCUCGUCGUGGUGCACAGACCUCCAUGUCGUCGACAACGCGCGUCUCGAGGCGGGUGAUGUCCUCGUCACACGCGCCGGUGACCAGAAGCGACAAACCUUGGAUUAUUGGCUCGCUGCUUGUCUUUGGCCCUGCUUUCCUUUACCUCGUCUCCCCGUCUGCCAGGAAGGACACGCACCAUGUCCACAAUGACAAGCACGACUCUCUGGCCCACGACAAGAAUGAAAAGGCGGAGGUGAACCCUUCGGAGGUGGUCAUCAAGGAUGAUGAGGGCACGCCGGCUCAAGUUGGAGCUUCAAUCGCGCUAUCUGAGGCCGUUGACGCGCCCAAGGAGACUCAAGCGCCCGCAGAUCUUGCCAAACUGAAGAAAGACGCUGAUGCGGAGGCCGCCCCAGUUAAAAAGGAGACUGCUCCCGAAUCCACCGAAGCGUCCUCAACGGCCAAGUCGCCUGAAGGUGUUAGUGGUGAAAAGUCUGGUACCUUCCAGGCAAACGGAGAGGAAGGUCCGAUAAGCCAGGGGAAGGCUAGGCAGGCGGCUCAGGAAGGUGUUGCCCCCAAGGCAGUCGCUGAGGCGAAGAACUAA